CGUUUAUUUAUUUUUAUUAUCUUUAUUUUGUUGGCAUUUGAAUUCAGCUAUAUAUGCCCCUUGCAAUUCUAAAAUGACAGAACUCGGCGCAACUCUGGUGGGAAUGUACCCUGGCCGCGACAACCAAAUAGACCAGCUUUUGUCCUUACUCGGAAAGCCAGCAGAUCCAUCACCACCUUGCAUUUUCAUUUACGGACCUAGCGCAACCGGCAAAACCAGCCUCACACAAACACUCUUCCAGCACUACGACACAACAGGCAAACACCAUGCGUACAUUAACAGCAUAGAGUGCUUUAAUUCGCGUCUUCUCUUUGAGCGCACGCUCAAUGCAUGGAUGGGAUACCAGCCGUCGGCAGAGAACCGAUUUGGAAACUACGUAAAGUGCGAUAAUCUGGUAGACUUUAUCAACUAUACCCGGGAGCUGCUGCCGCACGGUGAAAAGCACUUUAUGGUUGUGGAUCAGGCUGAACGGCUGCGGGACCGUGGGGCCAUGCUGCUGACCUCACUGAUGCGCCUUUCGGAGCUGACUGGGAGAGAUGUAUCAGUGGUACUGAUAUCCAACGUCAUCUGGGAUAAGUUCAGGCCACGGCAUGGCGGGGCGUCAGACCCGGUCAGUGUGUUUUUCCCUUAUUACGAGAAGAAUCAGAUCCUGGACAUCCUGGUCAAGGACUGUCCUCCUGAAGAGCCACAGAGUUUUUUUCUGACCUUUGUCGACGCCAUCUACGAGGUCUUCCGCCGAAACUGCGUCGACCUCAAUGAACUACGGCACCUUGUGGCCAUGCUCUACCCGAAAUUUGUUCAGCCAGUGUUCGAGAAACAGGCCACCAGAGCGGAGUUUCCGCGGCUGUUCAAGCUUUGUCAGCCCUAUUUUACUGCUGCGUCCGAUAGGCUGUAUUUGCGCGAGAUAUCGACGAGCGAGUGGCAAAAGAACUCGACCAUAGCGUCGGUCAAGAACAACCCCGAGGAUGUCGCAAUGUCGAUCUACCAGAUGGCGGACUCUGACAAUGGGCUUGACCUGCCCCAUUACACAAAAUUCUUGCUCAUAUCAGCGUACUUGGCCUCGUAUAAUCCGGCGCGGCUGGAUGUGCAGUACUUUGCAAAGGGGAAGGACCCAAAGAAGAGCCGCAAGAAGAAGGCUGUGACAAAUGGAGAGAACGCCCUUGGUGGGCAUAAUCGGCAGCAGUUGAUGGGGCCCAAGUUGUUUGCCAUUGAGCGAAUGCUGGCUAUAUUCUACAGCAUCGUGGCUGAGCCGGUGAAGAGCGCCGUGGAUGUGCAGAUUCAGAUCGCGUCCUUGGUUACACUAAGACUGCUGACUAAGACUUCGGCGGGUGACCGCCUGGACGGCAUCAGAUGCAAAUGCAACGUGAGUCUAGAUACUAUCAGGACCAUCUCGCGCAGCGUGCGGUUUGAAAUUGACCGGUACCUCUAUGACUUUGCAUAGAUGCGAUU